AUGUCGAUGCAGCAAGACUUCGUUCACCCGCGUCAGCUGGAUGACAUGCGGGCCAUCCACGCCGCCAUCAACUCUUUCAGCGGUGUCAUGACGAAGAUGAUGAUGCUGAUGAAGGAGCUUGGCACCACGCUCGAACAGGUGAGCCACUCCUUCGAUGCACUCACCUCUCUCACCUUUACCAAGGACGAGGUAAAGCAGUACGUGCACAAAUUUGGCGAAGAGAUCAUCAGCAUGAAGGAAGGCAUCGCCUUUUGCGAAUACAACAAGCUCGUGCAUGAGGAUGUGCUGCACCCGGUUGAGCAGCUGAAAAAAUCGCUGAAGGAGGCGGAGCAGGCGGCGAAGGCGGAGAAGAGUGCCUUCGAGAAGUACAAAAAGGCGAAACAGCGCGUCGAUAAGCAGGAGAAGGCCUUUGCCGAGAAGAGCAAGCCCCUCGACACGAGUAAGUCGUAUCCCACGCACGUGCAGGCGCGGAAUAACGCGCUUGUCUCGCUGCAGAACUGCAAAAGUGAAUUCGAGGAAAGGUUCGUGAUGUUGAUGAACGACGUGGAGAGCGUGACAUCGACGGCACUCAGGCGCUACCUCGAACUCAACGCCGGCUACAUGACGUCUGUCGUGGAUGCGCUCACCAAGACGGACCCUACCGUAGGGGAGGCUGCUGUCUUCUACCGUCAAGAGAAGCAGGCGCACAGGCAGAGCGCUGUCGAGCAGUGCUGCUUGCAGGUGAAUUCGGAUCUGAGCACCGCUCAUGCCUCACAGGGGUACCGGUUCGACCCGAGCAGGAUGAAUGGCUGCCUGCACGACAGCAUCAAGAAGUCUCCAAAUACCUUUCAGCAACAGCACAGGCUCUCGAACACGGUCUCUCCGGGUCAACCGCCCCGCUGUCGGAUGACCUCGCCGGCCAUGCCGGCCACGGAGGCAGGGGCGCCUUUGCCUUCCCGGGGUGCAUCAGCAGUGGCGAACGUGCAGACCUUGAAGCCUACCGCGGAAGCAGCGACCGCCACAACGGCCGCCGUCAUUACCGCUCCUCCAUCAGCCGUCGAGGACAACGCUGACGACGAAGAGUUCGGCUCUAUCUCACAGGUGGGCAUCGCUGGCAGGGAGGCACCACCGCUGUACACCUUUGCUCGUGGCCCGGAGUCGGUGGUGUCGUCGGCACCACCGCAGCCCGGCUACAUAGCCUCUCACAACGCUGCCCUGACGACCGAAUUCAUGACUCGCAUGGAGGCGAAUAGCAUCGCAGCCUCUGAAGUGAGCGCCCUCGCUAGACGCUGCAGCCCGUGCGACCCAUCGGAAAGCACAGGCCGGCUUUGA